CAUUUGUUUACGUACCAGAGGAAGGUAACGUCGGAGCUAGGGAAGAAACACCAUCAUCCCAUCUCCAAAGAUUUUGUCGUAAAAGCUGGUAUAUCCAUUCACCUUCAAAAUUAAGCCCCACAAAAUGGUAACGGCAAGCAGUAAAAAUACUGCUGAUGUGAAAGAAGAUAAAAAGUCUCGGGGACCAAGUCCGAGCAAUGGACACGUCUCCGGCAAUUGUGAAGAAGUAGAGAAGGAUGGAGAUAGUGGAAUGAGAGUUGGGAAAGCCUAUCAGGCUGAAAUUCCUUCAAUGUUACCUGCACAAGAGCGCCGUCCUGAACAGUGUCCUGAACGAGCACUGCUGGUUUGGGCACCAAAGUUAGAAAUCAACGAAGAAAGCUUGGAACAGUAUAUUUGGUUAGCCAAAGACAAGUAUGGUUACAAUGCUGAGCAGGCUCUUGGAAUGUUGUUUUGGCAUCGCCAUGACUUGGAGAAGGCCACAGCUGACUUAGCUAACUUCACACCUUUUCCUGAUGAGUGGACAACUGAAGAUAAAGUUCUCUUUGAGCAAGCUUUUCAGUUCCAUGGCAAAAGUUUUCAUCGAAUAAGGCAGAUGUUACCAGACAAAACAAUAGCUCAACUAGUUAAGUAUUAUUAUCUCUGGAAGAAGACUAGACAGAGGAGUUCUCUUAUCGACCGUCAUGCAAGAAAGCAUACUGCCAAAUUACAGCAAGCCACUGAUGGAGUUUUGGCUGAUAGUAAUGGUGAUCGCUCAGAAGAAGAUGAAGAAGGUCGUGGAGGAGAGGAGACAAAAAAUUGCUCGAAUUGUACCAUCCCAGCAUCUAUUCUUAAUGAAUCUCCCAAGGGAAUGCAAUGUUCAACUUGUUAUAACCAUUGGAAGAAAACUGGCAGUUUACGACCCACUGUGGGACCCAUGAAGAGAGACAAGCAGUUAAUUAAGCAUAAAAGGCGACCCCCACGAGGCAUGCAUAUUAAUCAUGAGGAUCUGAUGGCUAUGAUAUCUCCUGGACCUCCUGGUCCUCCUGGCACUCUCACACCAGGAAUGCAGCUUUUAAGACACAUGGAGAAUGAAGUCAUUGCUCUCAAACGACAGGUCCAAAGUAAUAAGGCUCAAAUUAGCAACUUAAGAAAUAAUUUAGCUGAAGAUGGUAUAUCAGCAUUUCGGCCACCACCUCAAGCUGGGCCUGUUAAGGCAAAAUGGUCACAAGAUGAACUACUGCUUGCUGUUCAAGCUGUGCGGUAUUUUGGGAAGGACUUCAAAGCUAUUGCCGAGAUUGUUGGUAACAAGACAGAAAACCAUGUAAGAAGCUUCUUUGUGACGUACAGAAAACGAUACAACUUGGAUGUUGUACUCAGAGAGUGGGAAGAAGAGCAUGGACCAGUCCGUGCAAACUCGGAUGAGUAACCUGGUGUUGAUACUCAGAAAGUAAUUUGAUAUUUAAGCUUUUGAAGUUAUAUAUUUAGUCAUCACUCAUAAGUCAUUGCAUAUAUUUAUCAAACAUUUUCCACUUGCCCAUUACAAGCAUAUUUUUAAGGGGUCAAACCAUCAGUGGUUUGAUUUUCAAAAGACAGUUUACAAGUUAUAAAAGUUAUACCUCUAAAGUUCCUGUAAAGGAAUGAUCAUUACUGAUCAUCUUAUCUCCAAAUAUUAAUUUGUUGAUGUUUCUGUAAGUUCUGGAACACUUGCUCUUGGAUUUGUAUUAUACUACCUCUGGGUGUUGAUUCUUUCAUCUUCUGUCUGUACAGUAAAAGUUUUCAUCAUACACAUUCAUUUUUAUCCUUUAUCCACUUUGUGCUUGGAGUCAUCAGUAAAAUUAUGGUAGUGAACUGCACUUUGCUGUAGUGAUGUCUGCAUAUCCUGUUAUACUAGUAGACCUGCCAAGCAUUCCCUUGUUGCUCACCAGUGUUUGCCACCCAACUACUACAGUUCAUAUACAAUUCCUUGACUUGUAGAUAUUAUAAACACUUUUUAGUGCACUUUUCAGUAGUUCUGGAUUACACUAUUAAUGAAGGGUGGCAGGGCUUUCUCAAAUGACACUAGAUUAGGAAUUUGAAUAAAAAGUGUUGGUUUUGUUUGAGAUGUAGAGAAUAUGUUUAUAUUCAAUUUUUUCCUGUUCCGUAUUGUGUGGUAUAUUUAUUUCUAUAUUAUUAAAAGUAUUUUUUGCAUACUUUACUUUAUGUGGUUAUAAGAACCCAAGCUUUUUCAACCAGUUUGGACCAAGGUAAUAUAAGCUUCUAGUUUCUUGGAGGUAUUGUACCUGAUGGUAAUAUAUACUGCUAUUUUCUCAGCUGUGUUGAUAUUUUCAUUUGUAUUUUGCCGAAAAUUUAGCAUGUUUUAAUAUACGUAUUUGAUGAAUUUUAGAACGUCUAAAACUAAUAUGUAACUAACUGAUGAAAAACUAUUUGAACAAGUUUAGAAUAUGCCUUUAGUCUUGUGCACCAGCAAGGACUUAAUGUAUAUUGUAAAGCACACUUACAAGCAUACAAUUGCUGUUAAUCUGUUUCCCUCAGAUUUCUAGAUCUCAGCCACUGAACAAACCAAGUUCCUUAGAAGGAUUGCUUUUCACUGUUUUAUUGUUUAUCUGAAUACCUCAUUGUGUUCUACAUUUUCUUAAUUGUAAACAAAGUGCCAUUAAUUAUCUUUAAAUUUUCUAUAGUGAAAACCUCCUUGCAGUCCUGAAAAGUGAAUGUAAAUAAUGAUGUUAUUGCUUGUCAGGAAUGAACCUGAACAGAUUGUGUAUUUAUUUCAUGCUGUCUUCACUCUGCUUUCUGCUGUUUCAAGCAGACAACUAGAAGUGUGAAUUACUGAUAUUGAAAAUUUUACUUUGUCUUGAGUACAAGGCAGCAUCACACCCAUGAGGUUUCUCUCAUGGGACUUAUCAUGAGUUUUACAUGUAAUAAGAUAGCCAUCAUCACAAUAUCAUACAGACUAGUGCAUUGGUAUAAGAAUGAUUCAUCAGAAAAUCAGACUUGCUUCAAAUUGUUCAGAAGUGUAAAGAAGUUUAUUUCUUGAAUUAAGAUGCUUUUUGUUUAAUGAUUAUGUAAGUAAAUAAUUGAAUUAUGCAUACUUGUCAUUUGUCAUCUUUGCUGGUGCUAAUAUUUAUUUCUCUUGAGAAUCAUAGUUUUAUUUUUACAGGCAUUUUGCAGGUUGGCAUGUCAUAACCAUGCAUACAGCAUUUCUGAUAUCCAGGAACUUUGAAUGGUGUUAAACUAGGAUCUCAUUGUAAUCCCAACACAACAUAAAAUUAUACAGGUAUCUUUUGUGAAUUGAGAGCUGAGUAUUCAUACUCAGCUGAUGUUGUGAUCUUAUGAUUUCAUAACUAUUUGUAAAAUUUAAUUUGUCUUUGUCACAACAUUGAGAUACAAAAUCUUUUGUUGUGGUGUGGGCUUAGGAAAUUUAGCUAUUGCUUGUUGUGCACUCCACCACAACAUAACUUUAUGUAUGAUGAUGAAGUGACAUAUAAAAUGACUGUAUUGAAGAAAAAAAUUGAUGUAAGAACAGCUAUCUUAUGCUCUCUAUCAUCAAGUUGAGCAUUUUUAAAGAGUAUAUAUGGAGCUUUAGUUAUUGGUAACAGUUUAAAAGUUCAAUUUAAAGAAUAAAUCACUGCCUGAAUAUAGUAUUCUUAAGGUACUUGCAUAUUGUAUUUUAAGUGUCAUUUAAUAGAUGUUUAUAUAUGAGGCUAGCAUGUCACAUGAAGAUAGCUCUAUUUUGAAGAUUUUCUUUCUUCUGGAAUUGCCUUGGAGUCAUAGUAGAGGAUACCUUCUAUCCAGAGUCUUUGAUCCUUGAUAGAUAAUGUUUCAUUUCCUUUUUACAUUUGGAUAUCCUUUUUAAACAUUUAUGUGGAUAGCCAUCCUUUAUCUUUCAUAACUUAUUUGGAUAUUCUUAAUUUAGUAGAUCAUUCCCUCACCUAAUUUUUGCUCUAGCAAAAGUACAAACUCAUUAGUUGCUCAUCAUUGUCAGAUCAUGAAUAUGGUAGUAACAAGAUUCAUGCACAUUUAAGGUGUAGAAUUUACCAAUCUUGAAGUACUAUACUCUGCAUUUGUUAUAUUGUAAUUGAAUAAUGGAGAUUUUUAUUAUGCAUUGUUUGGCAUUUUUGCACUUGCUGUUCAAGUAAGUUAGUGUUAUUUGAGUCACUUUUGUCAUCAUGUCCCUCAUAUUAGGCUCUGAAAAUGGAUAACUAAAAUAGUUUAUAAAUACCAAGAAAUUUGCUUGAAUGGUCUUUCUUUGCUUUUUUCUGAUGAAACAUUUUAAAAUUCAGAUUAAACUUGUACUUAUGUGAGGUAUGCAACAUAGAUGGGUAUAGAGAAUAAAUUUCUCAUUAUGAUAGUGUAUAGAACAUAUUGAUAAAAUACAAGUGAUCAAGGAAUCAAUAGGUAAUUUAGGCCAUUAAUGGCAGAGCUCAUUUUUUUAGGAAAGUGGCAAAUGAUAAUCUGUGCUUAGAUAGGUGAAUUAUUGCAGUGUAGCAUCCUAACAGUUUAUGGUUUUUUAAAUUUUUUAGGUGAAGUUGGAAAAUAUUUAGGCAACAAAGACUUGAAGCUAAUUUGUUGUGAUGGUAAACCUUAUUUGUAAUGAUAUUAUCCUCCUUUCAAAGUGGUGAUGCAUCUAUUUUAAUUGAGUAAUGCAUAGGUUGAAUACAGCCAUAAUCCUUCCAUUAAUAUUAAAUAAUGCAAGCACCACUAGUUGGUUACGGCAGUGGUGAAAAUAGUGUACACUAAGCAUACUUGUAGAUAUUUGAUUUGAUUUAACUUAACACUUGUUUUAUUUCAAGCUCAAGGUUAUUUUAUGUAGCAUUAUAAUAUGAAAAACAUAUGCAAAAAGAAAUUUUAUCUAGCUGGAUGAAUACACUUCACAUUAUCCUGAGUUUUCAGGAUUAUAUGCUUUGAAGAUCCAUACUUUUCUUUACCCGUCAUAUACCAAUAUAAAAUACAAACUUUAAAUAAUUGCUAGGCAAUAGAAAUAAGACAUUUGUAAAUAUGGAACAAGAGAAGUAUCUUUAAUUCUUAGAUGUCCACAUGAAUAACCAACCUCUUACUUUUGUAGAUGCUUACUACAGGUUUAAGGGAGGGCAUUAGGCAAAAGUAAAAAUGAGGUUUGUAUUUAUGAAACUAAAACUUUUCAAGAUUUUGUAUUAUUCUGAAUUUUUAUGCUGGUAUGCAGUGUUGAUCAUACAUUAUUGCAUAUUGAAAGGUUAGAGAAACAGAAAUUUACAUGAGAUAAACUUGUAUUAUAAAUUAUUUUUGCCGAUUAUUGGAUUUUUUAAGCCUUUGUGUACUGUCCUGCCUAUGUUUUGAGCUCAUACAAGUAGUCCCUGCAAACUGUGGAAAUGUUUUUGCAUAGAUACCUUACAUACCUGUCUUCAUUUAAUUUAGAAUUUGUAAAAUAUGUGAAAAAGUAAAUUUAUAUAGAACAAACUGCAGUUACUAGUAAAAACAUUAAUAACUAGUUGGAAUAAUUGAAAAAUUAAGGAAAUACCAUUGAAAAGGCACUUUUGCUUAGAAAGAAUGCAGUUCACCUUUUCUGCAGUGGAAGUUGUAUCGUUUGCCCUCCAACAUAUCGAGAAGUUUCACCUUCUAGUCAAGCUUCAUUACGGUCUUCUUUCUUUUAGCUUCUUUACCAGAAGCCUUAGAAGGGGCAGGGUCCUUUUUAGGGCCCAUUUUUGGCAUGAUGCUCACAGAUAUUUGCUGAUACUUACAAAAAAGCUUUGCGUUUAUGUUCAAGUAUGUCAGUAACUUUCUACACAGUGAGGAUGAUGGAGAUGCGCGAUGUACCCACAAUACCAUCUCCGCGAGAUGGGGUCGGGUUUCAACCAAUCAACGCCAAGUGUACAGCCAAUGAGCGACAAGGAAAGUGAAUGCUGGUGUGUAUACAACAGCCAAUAGCUUGUCGAUUAUCAUUUAGUUUGGGUACUGCUUUAAGAAGGUGUCACAGCAUCAUAAGAUUUAUCUGUGGAAAAUUGGCUUGGGUGAAGCAUCUUUUAAGAAAACUCAAUUGUGUUACUGAAAUUUUGCUGUGUUUACAUUAAAGUAUUACUGAACUGUAAUAUUUGAAAAUUAAUAAAUCUUUUUUUUCCAUCAUAAAAAAUGUAUCUAGUCAUGAAAAUAUCCUUAGUACGUAUGCAUAAAAAAUAUGUACAUACUGCAUGUGGCAGACAAACAUACAUACCCUGCUAUAUUCCCAUUGUCUUACGUAUUUUAGAUAUGGUCUGCGUACUUUUAGUAUCAUUCUAAAACACUUAAUGUACAUACAUAUAUUUAGAAAUCAUCUUAAAACAUUUCCUAAAAUUUACAGUCUGCACAAUACGUACCCAAUUGACCCAAUACGUACGUACGUAAGUUCAAUGGUCUCUCAUUUGUGCAAUUUUUGCCUGUGCAGUAUACACUACUACAAAGAUUUAUUCUUUAAAAUGUCCUCUAAACGUUCUGCUUCUCCUAAGGCUUCUGCCAAAGAGUCUUAAGCGUCAGAGGUUCUUACAGUAAAUGAGUGCUGAGGAGAAAAUAGAUGUGAUAGUCAUGUUAACAGUGGGCAGAAGUCAUGGAGAAGUAGCAGCCCAUUACUGCAUGACUGAAAGUGCAGUCACCUGUAGUGAGAUCGAAUAUGAGCAGGGCAAAAUACUUGGGGAGACCAUUCUUGGACAAGAACUCGCCUCCCUCUUUAGUAAUGCUAUCCCAUCAACGGACCAGGCCUUUGAGAAAUUUCGUGGUUCACAAUUUGAUCAGGGAGGUACAGACAACAGUCAAGGCAUGGGAUAGAAAUAAAGAAAGGGCCACAACUUUCAUUAAUACUAUAAAUGAAAUAGUGAAGCCCUACCUUGACUUGUUUGUACAAAUGUACAAUUACCUCAAGAUAGUGGUGCCUCUUGAAUUCCCUGAUGAAGCGCCUCCUGAAGAAGGUGUCAAAGCGCCCUCAGAGGAUCUGUAACUCCUCUACUUUGCUGUGCAGUCUUUCUUAAUUGUCAUUCAUCAGGUUGCAUGGCUAUAUGAUCAUCAUCUAUAAUCAACAUUAAUCACAAGUAAAUGCUGUAUGGUUUCAUAUUAUUAUGUGCAUAUAUUAUACAGUAAAUAACAUGAAAUUACAGAAUAUUUCUGUACAAAAAUAUUCACAUCCACAAAAAGGGGGCCCGGAUGAAUAAUUCUAAGAUAUGUUCCACAGAGAACCCUACGAAUGGGCAAGUCCUCCCACGAAUAAUUUUUACAGGUUCCAAAGAAAAAUCUGCUAAUCCAGAGAUUGCAAAUACGGGGGGCCCACUGUACUAUUUCUUCAGUGAAAGAGUAAAUAACAUUAAAAAGACCAAGUAACAGUCUAAAAACAUUUAAAAAGCGUUCAGUGCUUCCAAUGAAUCAUUUCUGGGGAUGUUUGUUCGUGGCUUGAAGCACGGUUCGCGAACCGGAACAAAACAUUUUUGAACAUCUGGUUUGUAACCCGAUUUGUUAGUGAACAGGGUUGUUCAUGAGCUGAGGUACCACUGUAUAUGGUAAAAAGUUCUGUCGGCUUCAAAUAUACAGCUAAGACAGUCGAAGCAGGAACCAGGAUGGAGGGCAUAAGCUAUGGUGAUUUGGAUUCUUGCAAUGAUCUUUCCUUCUUAGUUUUUUUUUUUUAUGGCAGUUGUCCAAGUAAGCGACUGGAGAAUCGGUAAUGCUGUCCAUGGUCUCUAACUCAGAAAUGUCAACACUACAUUUACAUGGAAAAGUGUUUGUGAGUUGGAAGGUAUUGCCUGGACUUCCCAGUGUAGUGGUACAAAGUUCAUUGUAUGUUCUGUGCUUAAUAGAUAUUCACUGGUAAUGUAAAUUUACUUUCUGUGAGCUGGGGAUGGGAUUUUGUUUUUACCUGUAGGUGUAUCUGCAGUCUUUGGCAGCCAUAUGCUUGGUUCCUCUAGGUUCUAAUUUUAAGAUGUGAGAGGGUUCUUAGGCUUGAUCAGUGAUGUUCAAUCUCUGGGACACUGUGACUGCACAAUGACCUCAUUAGGCAACCUUUUAAAGCUUAAAAAACAGAUUAUAAUUACUUAUAAAUAGUAUCCAGGAAUUUGUUGAAGCAUUUUCAGGAAGUAUUUGAUUUUCUUUUUGAAAGUUUUUGUCUUUCUGCAUAUUAGAAGAGAUUGAUGUGGCUCAACAAAAGAUUUUGACUAGGUUGUAACUUUAUAGAGAGCACCGUUUUACUGAGGACUGACACGACAACAUUGGACUAGAACUCACAUUUGGUAUUAGCAUUGCUAAUACCUACAUUUUUUCUCGUUUUACAACACUUUAUGGCUUAAUUUCUCCUCUUCAGUAAGGUCACCUGUACUUAUUUAUACCUAGCCCUCUACUUUAGAUGCUCAACAUUAAUUUCAUCACUUCAUUCUUCAGGUUUGCCAUUUGUUUGCCUUUAUUAUCUUACCUUCUUUGUCCACAUGAAUCCUCAUUUAUUUCAUGUAUGAGGUACAUGAUAUACUUGCCAUGUACAGGCAGUUCCCAGCUUACGAUGGGUGUUCUGUUCUUGACGUGUCAUAAGCCGAAAAUCGUCGUAAGCCGGAAAAAACCUAAGAAAACCUUGCUAUUAAUGCUUUGGCUGUAUUAAAAACUUAUGUAAUCUGCAUUUUUAUUGCAUAUUUCACCCACAGAAAAAAACUUCAAAUAUUGAUUAUUUUGCAUUUUUGGAGUCAUUUCUUCCACCAGAUCGUCAUCGUAAGCAGUGUAACCCUGGAACAUGCGUCAUAAACCUAGAAAUAAUUUCUGAUGAAUAUAAUUGAAAAGCGUUGUAACCUCGGAAUGUUGUAAGCCGGGGACUGCCCGUAAUGGUUAUUGAUAUAGAAUUCUCUUUUACAAGUAGUCAAAGCAAAGUUACUAGUAACAUCAAUUGUACCUGAUCAUGUUGGUGUUGGCAGACUAAUCAGAGACCUUCAUUUUAAUAGUCAUUUGUGAAAAUAAUUGACCCAGGUAAUUUCACAGAACUGCAAGGUUAAUACAGAAAUUCAUUUUGAAAGUGUCAAGGAGCUAGCAGAAAAAUCUGUGUGAUGGAUGAUGUCAAUCCAGGGCUUUAGGUUUGAGUUUCAGCUGACUUAU